UUCUUCUAAUAGACAAUACUUUGCCAUUGGAAGACGUGGAGAGUACUUGUUUUGUGUUUUCCUCUCUUUUUUCAAAGUCAACUAUUGCAUUCCUUCUUCUUCCUCUCUGGGUUUCUUCCAUUUUUGUGAAAGUUGAAGAAUUGGGAUUUAGGAAGGUGAAUUAGGGAAACAAAGGAGAGGAAUGGAUCUCAGAAGAUCGAUCUUUGGGCUCUCUAUUUUAAUUUUCUUUGUGGUCUCCCAUGUCGCUGCCAAUAUGUUAUUGAAUGUGCAGCACAAGUUUGCUGGUCAGCAGAAGUCGCUGAGUGCCAAGAAAGAACAUGAUAGUCGCCGUCACCGUCGGAUGCUGUAUAACAUUGAUCUCUCCUUGGGGGGGAAUGGGCGAGCAGAUUCUACUGGGCUUUACUAUACUGAACUUGGAAUCGGCACUCCUUCAAACACAUACUAUGUUCAAGUUGACACAGGAAGUGACAUUUUAUGGGUGAAUUGUGCCGGAUGUACUAGUUGUCCAGUGAAAAGUGAUCUCGGUGUCGAUCUUCAGUUGUACGAUCCAGAUGUCUCAAGUACUGCACAAAGAGUUACUUGUGACAAGGAGUUCUGCGCUGUUGCAUCUGGAGGCACCCUUCCUGGUUGCAAUACUAAUUUAUUGUGUGGAUAUACUGUUGCGUAUGGGGACGGGAGUUCAACUUCUGGAUACUAUGUGAAUGAUGUCGUACAAUAUAAUCGAGUAACUGGAAACCUCCAGACUACACCAGCAAAUGCAAGCGUUAUAUUUGGGUGUGGUAAUAAACAAUCUGGUGAUCUAGGUUCAUCUAAUGGAGCACUUGACGGCAUACUUGGUUUUGGACAGUCAAAUUCAUCCAUGAUUUCACAGCUAGCUUCAUCCGGAACAGUAAAAAAGAAAUUUUCUCACUGCUUAGGUACUGCAAAUGGAGGUGGAAUCUUUGCUAUUGGAGAAGUGGUACAGCCGAAAGUAAAGACGACUCCAUUGGUACAGAAUCAGCCACACUACAAUGUUAAUAUGCAGUCAGUUGAGGUUGGUGGUACUGUUCUCCAACUUCCCACAGAUGUAUUUGAUACUGGGAGUCAGAAAGGGACUAUAAUUGACAGUGGCACAACCUUGGCUUAUCUUGCAGAAGCAAUUUAUGAGCCUAUGAUGAACGCGAUACUGGCUCAACACUCCAAUUUGACAUUUCAAACUCAGGAUCAGUUCUCAUGCUUUGAGUAUGCUGACAGUGUGGAUGAUGGAUUUCCAACUGUUACUUUCAAUUUUGAAAAUUCACUCGCUUUGGUGGUUUAUCCUCAUGAUUAUCUAUUCCAGCUCCAGGGAAAUGUGUGGUGUAUUGGUUGGCAAGAUAGUGGAAAUCAGUCCAGAGCGGCAAGGGACUUGAACCUUUUGGGAGAUUUAGUUUUAUCGAAUAAGCUAGUUGUAUAUGAUCUGGAAAAUCAGACCAUUGGAUGGACUGAAUACAACUGUUCUUCCAGCAUUAAAAUGCAGAAUGGUCAAUCUGGAGCUACAUUUCAAGUAGGUUCUCACACUCUUUCUUCUGCUUGGAGUCUGGAAGCAGGAAGGUUUUUUACAUUAUUGUUACUAACAGUGAUGCUGUAUAAUUUAAUUAACUAAUUUUUUUUGUGAUUAAUAGUUUAUGUGGGUUCCAUUGAUUUGUUGUAUUAUAAUUCUUUUAAUUCAAUUGUCUGGUUGAUACUAUUUAUAAAUCCCUCACUAUUGUUCAGUGUACAAUUUGAGAGACAGGACACAGAUGUUUAUCCUUGUGCAUA